AUGCAAAGACUCCAGCGAAACGACUCUAAGAUCGACCUGCUGGACUCCAAAGAGGACGUGAAGAAGAAGCUGAAGAAGGCUUUCUGUGAGCCGGGCAACAUCCAGAACAACGGCGUCCUCUCUUUCGUCAAACACGUCCUCUUUCCUCUGCGAGGAGAGUUCAGCAUCAAGCGGGACCCCAAGUGGGGCGGAGACAAAGUGUAUACGGGGUUUGAGGAAGUGGAGAAGGAUUUCGCCGAAGAGCUGAUCCAUCCCGGAGACCUGAAGGCCUCAGUGGAAGUGGCCCUGAACCAGCUCCUGGAUCCCAUCAGAAAGAAGUUCCAGUCUCCGGAGCUGCGCAAACACAACUCGGCGUAUCCCGAUCCGUCGAAGACAAAAGAAGCAGGGAAAGGUGCUAAAACAGCAGGAGGUGGAGGGGGAGGAGAAGACGAUGAGCUGGUGCCCUCCAGGCUGGACAUCAGGGUGGGCAAGAUCAUCAGCGUGGAGAAGCAUCCCGACGCCGACUCGCUGUUCCUGGAGAAGAUCCGACGUGGCGAGCCAGAGAACGACGAGGAUUCGGAGUCAGACUCGACGGAGGUCACCAACAUGAUCUAG